AUGACAGACAAUUCCCACAGUGAAUCAAAAGAGUUGGACGAGGUCACCAGACUCGUGGGGACCUACGGCGGUAUUCGGGAGGCACUCAACUCGGGAUCGUUGUCUCUUGAACAAGAAGUACGUCUCAGGUCGGACAUAGUUGACCUUCUCAUCAAAGACAGCGAUCAAAGCGGCCUAUACGACUACCUACAAGAUGCAAUUCAACAUCUGGAGACGAUUCUGCGUCGUCUCCCACGGGACUCCCCGGAACGUGCCGUGCAUCUGAGUAAGAUGUCAUACGUACAGAUGUCUGAACAUGUAGCCACCAAUUCACGCCACGCGUUGGACGAGGCUGUAUCAAACGGGCGCCAGGCCAAAGAAUUAGGCGUGACGCAUAAUCUUUUGCAGAGCCGCCCAGAUGUUUACAUAAAUGUAAUGAAGAAUUUUGGAUUCGCGCUGUCCCAAAGGUAUGCAAUAACACUGCAAGCUAAUGACCUUGAGGAAGCCAUCGCAUGUGCAAAGGAGAUAUAUGAUCACGCUCCGAAAGACUCGGCCGAAUACUACAUGAACCUCAAUAACUUUGCAUCGCGCCUCCGUAUGCAAUAUUCUGAAAGUCAAAAUCCAGAUGACAUCAACGAAGCAAUGAGAUUGAUAAGAGAGCUGCAAUCGAGGACGGCCAGUGGUUCAAGGGAGCAUGGCUUUGCUGCAGCACAGCUUGGCGUUAUAGGCGCUGACAAGUUCAAGCAAACGAAAGAGUUGCAGGACUUGGAUGAAGCGCUUGGGUACUGCAAGGCAGGCCUCGAUAGCCUUCCUGCGACCCACGAGUUAAGAAUACAAAUUCUGAGGGUCAUUACGAACCUGUACGACUCGAGAUAUAAAUCGACAAGUGAGGAAGGAGACUUGAGAGGCCACGUCCAGUACUCUGAGCGUUUGCUUCGUGCCAUUCCGCCUGGUAAUAAUGCUCGAGGCAAAUAUCUUGUCGAGUACAUGCGAGGUCUGCAUAAAUUGGCAGAGAGGUUGAAAUCUCUUGAGCAGUUUCGGCGAAAUAUACGGCAACUGAAAUCGCUCCUUCUCGACAUGCCUUCCAACUACCCUGAGAAACCAGGCUGCCACUCAGUCCUGGCUGAUUUCUACUUAAGCCAGUACGACCUGUCCCGUGACCUUCAGGACCUGAUGGCUUGCGUGGGUGCUGUCAGAGAAGCAGUACUCGAUUACAAUGAAGUAGCUCGUGAGAGCGGCUCUCCGCAGAGUACUAUUCAAGCAUCCUGGCCUUGGGAUCUCGGGAUAUCGCUGGGCAAGCUGUUUCAAGCACCACGGGACAACCCCAUGAGAAAGGCAGCUGAGAGGGGAUUGCCUGAGGAACUGAAUCAUUGCCGCCAGCUCCAGAGCUCUGCUCCCAGUGCAUUGGAGCAGUUUUAUCAACAGAGCGGGCCACGAUUAAAAGUCCUAUCCAAAUCUCUUGAUGCCGGUCGAGCCCUCUCCAGCGAUGAGAUCGAGAAUGAGAUAAGAAAACUGAAGGAGGAGAAAGGGGCUACCGUUAGCAACAGAAGGCCGUACAAAACGAGUGACUAUGUGAACGAACUAGGUGCUCGAAAACUUGCCAUGGAUGAGUCUAAAAACAUAAUACUAGACUUGAGUGGCAUCAUGGGUAGUAUAUUGGGCAUCGACCGUGACAAAACGUAUACCCGAGAAGAGCUCUGUGCUCUGCAUGCUGAGAUGGAACAAAAGGCAAUCGACAACGCCCGAUCAGAAGGCAGGCAUCCAAACUUGCGACUAUGCCGCAUGUGCCGAGAUGAGGUGAAGAUACUGCAGCCUGUUCAAGAUGGUUUUGAGUUAGCAGCGAAGAGAGCAUGGCUACCUUUUGGGAAUUACUUUCAGCUUCUGGACAGAUCUAACUGCUCCAUUUGCUCCCUAAUGUUGUCUGCAAUCACGACCAAGUCAUCCGGGGCACUCCAUCCUCGCCUUGCGGCAAUAGAUCCGGAGGUGCAAGGAAUUCGCUUGACGAGUGGCCAACUCUCUACAAAGGAAAAGUUGAUUCGAUUCGACUAUGGAAUGAAAGCCGCUGGUGAACUGAGACUCUUGACGUCUCAAAACUACUCUCAGGCUCUUCGCCAAGGUUGGCAAGUGAGUGCGCAUUCUUCACCUGCAGAAAUUCUUGCCAAUCAAAACGGCCCAAUCUACGACGCCAGUGGCCAGCAAAUUAACCCAAACUUGGUAAAGUCGUGGUUGAGAGACUGUGAUAACAAUCACAGAUCCGCGUGCAAUCAUCCGCGACUGGGGAAACGAGCAGAUGCCGUGAUUAGCCUAAUAUUGAUUAAUGUCCAGGACGAAUGCCUGGUUUCGUCGUCUUCUGACGCCAAAUACUUUGCGUUGAGCUAUGUAUGGGGCCAAGUCGACAUGUCCAAAACAUUCAAGUCCAACUAUAGUGAUCGAUUGAAAGCCCACUCUCUGGCGGCGAUAUGCUUUCCGAAGACGAUACAGGAUGCGAUGGCGUUCGUUCGAUCCCUAGAUGAGAGAUAUCUUUGGGUUGAUGCCUUGUGCAUUGUACAAGACGACGACAUCCAAAUGGCUCGCGACAUACCUAACAUGGAUAUCAUCUACAGCCAGGCGUUCGCUACCAUUGUCGCACUCAGUGGAACUGACGCAAACUCAGGCUUGCCAGGAGUCUCACCGGGUACAAGAGAACCGCAAAAGGUCGCCACCGUCACGAUUUCAAACAAGUCGCCUGCUCUCGACGAUGACCCUCACAGCAACGACAAAGAAAUAGUCGGCCUGGUAGCAACACCACGCCAGCUUUAUCUGGAGAUAGAGCUGUCUCGUUGGAGCGCCAGGAGCUGGAUCGUCCAAGAGCAUUUACUUUCGAGGCGUUGCCUGUUCUUCGCACCAGAUGCUCUGUACUUUCAGUGUGGCCAGAGCACUCUGAGUGAAGGCGGCGCCAACGAGGAGUACGUAGCACUCAUGCUAGACAAGCUGCGGGGGACGGAUAAUGACCUUCUCAAUAAGGCAAAUCGGAAUAAUCCUCUGUCUUCUCUGACUGAAUUGCACGAUAUGUCGUUGCGGGAGCGGAUGUCCAAGACUUUCAACGCAUACGCCAAGCUCGUUGAGAUCUAUAGCCGUCGCAACCUGACGUACAAGUCGGACAUUCUAAAGGCAUUUGCUGGAAUAUUUGCCGUUCUUGAGGAGUAUUUCGAAAGUGCAGCUGUCCAUGGACUUCCGUCGGCGGUUAUCAGCCAUGCUCUACUUUGGACACCGAUAGCAAGGCUUCCACGUCGAGGUAGUCAGCUGCCAACAUCUCGCUCCGCAAGCACCACUCCUAAUUCACAGUUUCCAACUUGGUCGUGGGUGGGAUGGGAUGGGCCUGUAGAAUACCGCGUAUUCGAGAUGUCAAAUGGGAAGAUUGCUCUACCCACGACGAGUGUAAAGGCCUAUUAUCAAUCGAACAAUGACCCCAUUAUUGAACCAACAUGGGAGCAGAAUCAACUCCACGAGCAUAUCAAACAAGAGUCUCAUAUCCCUGAUCAACAAGGGGUCCCGGUUGGCAAAACGGAUAGGGAUGGGGACAAGACUCAACGCAGGCAGGUCAUCGCCAAAAUGGUCCCUGAUCUUGUUCGCGGCAGUACCUGGUUUAUCGGAGCCGCCCAAACACCCCAGAAUAGGCAGGAUUCUUAUAUUGAAACCAAGCUGUUGCGCUUUACAGCUCGUACGGUUGCUCUUCCAGCAUUCGGCGUCUCAUCGAGGAAGGAAUAUUUGAGCUACCAGUCCCAAGUUCAUAACCGAAGCCCCCAAGCCGUCCGACGCAUCCUGGACCGCAAAGGCAAACACUGCGGGCUGUGGUGGGAGCAGGCCGGGUACGGGUACGUGGGACUGGACAUGAGUCCAGAUUCUGAAGCCAACAUUGACCUGCUCGAAAUAUCGCGGUAUGGGCCAAUGCAUUGCCAUCGGGACGGGCCGUCUCUUGUCGAAGGCCCCAUCAGCAUGUUUGACAAGGAUGAAUACCCGGAGUUUGGAUCAGGCAGUGGGCUGGUCAACAUCUUGGCCGUCGAUUUAGAUAUGGGACUUCCGGAUGGGAUUGGUGAACGAUGUACAGUGGCCGUUAUUCAUUCCGCAGCAUGGGAAGCAGCAAGCCCACAGGAAAAAGAAGUUCGAAUGGUGUAG